GUUAUUGUUUCACCAAUUAUGAAGUUAUGCUUCGACUGGUGGAUUAUGCUGUGGUUGUUGGAUAUGAUUUCGAAAAGUCAGGUAUGUUUCCAACCGAGGUGUUCCAUUUAAAAAAGGAUGUAGAACUCGACAACUUCUUCGGGUUCAAACUGUGGACACUUUUCUACAUGUUUUAUGAAACAUUAGUGAGUGGUUAUUUCUGUAUGAUGCUGAAGUACUUCAAUUCCACCCACUUGUUGUAUGAUGAUGGAUUCCUUGAGGCGCACUAUCUCAUUUAAUAUAUAGAGGUUCCAUGAAUUAGUUGCUGUAAUGAUGCACUACACAGUGAAAGUAUUAUCACCUAUGUUUAUUCGACGUGUCUCAAACCGCUUACCAAUAUUUAUCUCAUUAGUACAUUCGUAGCUCGCAAGUAUCAGCUAUAGGGCACUAUGUCGGUUAAAUGCAUUAAUCUUGGUCAUUACGAUCAGCCAAAAGCAAAUUAUCGUGUAAUGGGUUUAACUAUCAUGACUCACGACCCUAGCUCUAGUUAAAUUUGUAGUCUUCGUUUUCCCACGUCACUUAAAUGAACCGGACAUACUAGGUAAUCGCAAAAUUUUUUAAAGGCUUUCCAGUAAAACACUCAUAGGUGAGCUGUAAUGGACAUUUCACUCAUUCUGUAUCUUACUCCAGUAUUCUACCAUGGGUUCAUAUUUUUGCUUCAGGGUAUGUAGAUCUUCUUAGUAACCAAAACCUAAGAAAGGAUGUCCUACUGUUAAGUGCAUUAAAAAAACAGCCAACACGUCGCACACAUCCAUCUUCGGAUUCAGAAAUGUAAGUUGAAUUUUAAGUGCCGCACUGACUCCCACCGCAAGUAAUCAAAGAAGCAAAAGUAUGGAGUAGAUUACGAUAUAAGUCGUCCGACUGUAAAGUAAGGGUUUGGAGUUAGUGCAGUCUUCUUGGCUGAGGCUGGUACAAUACCUGUGAUCGAUGGUUGAUGACGGUCAACAGCAUGAGAUCGGUGUAAAUGACAUCGUCUCAUUCAUUCUGUAUCUUUUAAUUUAUGUGUUAAGUGUUAUAUCUAAGUUUCCAUUCUUCGAUCGUGUUCGGUUCUUCAGAACUGCAUUUUCCACGACUAGGUUUUUAUUGCUGUUGGAGUUAUUUCCUCUAACUCGCUUUCCAUCUGGUGUUAGGUGUGUCUACUGAAACCAGUACACAUGCAAGGUUCUACACUGAUGAUUACCGAUUGACUGACUGCAUUUGCCGAUCACGUCACUUUUUCCGCCCCGGACGAAUAAAUUCUUUAAACCUAGUAGUCAUAACCACUGGUAUUCGUGGGACCAACUUAAAGAAUGGCAAACAACUAUGAUGGGAAACCAUGAGAGUAAGCAGACAUUGCUAUGAAAGACGCAUGAGCACCUCAUAGAUAUCGACGACGGGAAACAAAAGGAUCAGUAACAAAGCUCAUCACCCCGAAAUGAAGAUUUAACUUAGUUCCUGUGAAAUCGGCUAAAAAUAUACAUUAACUAUGCACUUCUGUGAAACAACAGGAAAGUCUCUGACUGCUAAAGUGCAAGUAAUCUUUGAAUUCAUGGUCUAAUAUCACGUCUUUAAAAGCAGGUCUUAGAGGGAAUCAUUUACAAUCGAAUAAUCACUGGAUGCUGAUCAAGGUAAUGUAUUUCAGGUCCUUAGUGCAAACCAAAUUCUAUCAGUCGCGACCCGGAUAGCUCGGUGGUAACAUCUCUGGCUGUGAAGCUGGGUGACACGGAGUCAAACCCGUCAGGGAGCAUCAGUCCUUUCAAGAUUACAGGUAUACCUUGCUGGUGAAUGCUGAGUAGCAGAAAAUCUAAGUCCAGGGCUUCCUGUUGACUACCUCCAAUUACUGUCUUAGGGGGAAUCAUCUUGAUUUAGUUGGUUCAAAUGGCAUUUCAUUAUAAACUCCACAUUGCUUCGUUUGACUGGCGAUGUCCGAGUGAAAGGCUUUCAAUAGGUUAAAGUAAUUUAUCAAUGCAUUUUUAACGCCUGAUACUGCCAUGAAGUUUGUUGACUAACAUCCAAGUUCAGCCGUCAGGUCAAGAAAUACAAAUUUAAUCGGACAUCGGUAUGCAUGUUCCAAGACCUGACGGCUGGUAAAUACUUGAUCUGUACACCCAUGUCCAUGCCUAAAACCAGACUCCCAUUUUUCUUGGUUUCCGAUAAGGCGUUAGAUGGUCACCGAAGCUAGUAUUCCAGAUACAUCAUUGGUCGAACCAAUUCCUCUAUGGUAAUCACUAUAGAAUUCCUGUCCCCCUCUAAUUCACAAGUAUCAGUCUGACGGGAUCACAUCUGAUUUUUGGAUAAUCUGCUAUCUGAACCGAUCUAACUUAAAGCUAGGUUAUUGUCUUUAGAAACACUCAUAUAUAACUCAUCCGAACCAACUGAUUUCCCUGAUUUAAUUAGUUAUGCUCUUUUUCAACUUUUAUGAAAAAUUAAAGGCCUUAUGUUGAUCUCUUUUUCACACUAUGAAAUGUGGCUGACAACUAAAUAGUAACUUAAUGGCAGUCAAGAUGUCCUUCAACAUUUUGCUCCCAUCGUUACAUUUGAAAGUAGUCCCAUCGAUUCCAUCGUUAUCAGAGUUCCCGGAAGAGCUAAAAUAUUAACCACAACUCCUUUGGUCAGUUUAAACCAGUUGCUUAUCUUUCCCAUUCCCUUUCUGUCGUUCAUGAUGAGUUUUAGUCGAUGCUUCUCAUACUGAUUAAGUUUUCUUAAUCUUUUGGUUCAGGUUGCUGACAAACUUCAUUGUUAUUUUCAUAACCGAUUACGAGUCAUAUUAGGCUACCUCAGUAUGAACAUCCUCUUCUUGGUCGGUCAAGUUCUUAGUUGGUUUUAGGCUAGACAUGCACUAGAUAUUCUUUCUUUUAAUGAAAAUUGAAAAGGUCUUGUUCCUGUUUAUCAAGCGGCAGACAAACGCAUAUUGUCGUCUGGAUGUGGUCUAUCACCUCAGAUGUGUUCCGAUGGCAACAACAAUCUCUUACUGAUCCUUUCUAGAAGUGUAUGAUAACGAUGUUACUGAAUUCCAUAGACGUCAGUUCCCCCAAGAUUACAGAUACACCUUGCUGACGAGUGUCGGGUAACACAAAAUCUAGGCCCAGUACUUCCUACCAAUUAAUUCCAUUCACCUAACAAAACUAUAAUUUAUCUUUGUUCAUCAUUGAGUUAAUGUUAGUAAUCACCAGAUCAUAUUAAAUCGCUACGCUUAAAGUCGAUACUUGUUAUAAAUAAAUGAUAUUCUGAUUAUAUUUGCAGCAAGCACACUGUUAUCUGUCAGCUAAGGAAACCGAAGGAGCUGUUCAAGAGUCCUUCAUACUGGCUUAAUCUAUCUGCUUAAGUGUUGAAACUACCCAUCACAAUUAGAUUUAAGCGUUUAGAGUUCUGUAGGCCAGAGAGUUCCUGACAAAACAUAUCUGGUUUAGUCAAUAUGUCGUAGCGUAGGCGUUGAGAAAAAGCAACGAAGUAUAAUCUGAUUUUAUCGAGUUCUUACUGUCCAGUUUAAAAGGCAAACUCAGAAGUGAGUACCUACUGUAGUCUCAUCUGACGGUGCGGGUUUGCACUAGUUCUCCUUAUUGACUAGGUGAUAUCAAGUGGAUAAUCAUUCUAGACUCUAGUAUGUAGAUCGUGUAGACAAAAUACGUUAAUGAUAAGAGUUUCUAAAGUCUUGAAUAGCUAAGCAUAUCAUUCGAUCUGAUACUGAAUUUUAAGGUCGAUUUUUCUAAAUCCUUUUGUUUGUGGGAGGUAAUAUCUCUAAAUAUAUUGGUUAUUCACGUGAGAACUUACUGUUGUACAGCUGAGUACAGUCGGUUUUGGAGCUUACGUUUUCUGCUUUUGAGAGUCCCUAUUCGAUCAAGCUACUUGUUAUAAUGGAUCCCAACGAAUAAGUGUUCCAGCUUUUACUGUAGUUUUUAUUCUCACCCAUUUUCCAUCCUCUUCACAACGUGGUUUCUUGUUAUGUGCAUGUUUUGGUGCUGCAUUGUACCACCCAUCUUUAGGUUUACUUUUCUAAUACAGUUAUAUACUUUUUAUCGAGUUACAUCUACCUUAGCAUUUUUUCUUGACUAUAAACUCUUUAUUUUCAAUAAUUAUUCCCCUAGUUGGCGGUGAAAGUGAAGGGCAGGUCCUACAGAGAUUUCCUACAAAUUGUUGGGAUGAUUACCCAUACAAUUUCAAAAUUGAAACAUUUUGUCAGCCAUGUGGUUGGUAUCUCAGCCGAAGUAAACCACCACCAACAUUCUUUGUCGCUUAUUUGACAGAUGUUGAUGGAAAUCCUUAUUUUGCCGCAUGUCUAACUUUUCAUGAAACUGUGUCUCCUAGUCAAUUGAUAAAUUUGAAAAUCCCUCAUCACACUCCUCACAGUAGAGUUAGACCUACAGGAAAUGCAUUCGGUAGUUAUUCUCAAAAUGGACCUAUUAAUAAUGGUUCAUUUGUUGUAAAUAAAAAUAAAACUUUCUUGCCUACUACAAAUUCUGUUUCUAAUGAUGAAAAGUAUCAAAUUGAUUCUUUAGUUCAUGUAACGAACUUGAAUAGCAAUGCUAGUUCACCUGCCAACUCACCAACCGGAUUCCAAGAUCAAGUAUUGAAUUACUCUGGUUUCAAGUCAAUUUAUAAUGAUACUGAUGAUCCAAAUUUAGUACGUCCACCAGAAUUUUAUGCACCAAAAUGUUUAGUGUUCCUAGCUCGUCAUCAACAUUUUGAUGUAUUGAAAAACAAUCUCAGCUUAUUGUAUACAGUGUUUGCUGAUUCACUACAUCAGUAUUCGAUAGAACAAAUGAUCGCAACUUUAUUGGGUGGCAUAGAAGUUCCACCAACUGGUGGUCCACGAAUUACAUUCAGUUUAGGGGUUGGUGAUCGACAGACAAUUCAACCUGCUCAUUGUAGUACUAUACCUGUGACACGGAAUUGUGUAGCUUUACUAUUUAAACAUUUAGGCAUACAUAAUGUGAUUUUAUUAUUCACUGCAAUUUUAAGUGAUCAAAAAGUACUGGUUUGUUCACGUAGUGUAAAUCGGUUAACGGAAGCAUGUCAUGCAUUAACUUCUAUACUAUAUCCUUUAAAAUAUAGUCAUACAUACGUUCCUAUACUUCCUAAAUCAUUGAUUGAAUUUGUCAAUGCUCCAACUCCAUUUCUUUAUGGCAUUCAUUCAGGAUAUCAGCAUUUACUAUCUGAUAUGGUUGAUGUUUUUGUUGCGGAUCUUGAUGGAGGAAGUGUUGUGUGCCCGGAAAAUAUUCCUAUCCCUCAACUGCCUGAUCCAUAUUUUACUGAAGUUGUGGAAAAUUUAUUCCAGAUUUUAAGUCCAGAAUUAAUGACAGCUGAUUAUAUCUAUCCACUUGUUACAUCUAAUCAAUCAGGUGAUUUAAUUUCAUUGGAUAAACGAUUACGAGCUGUAUUCCUUCGUUUAUUUACAUCUUUAUUUGCUGGUUAUCGGUCGUGUUUAACAAUUACACGUAUUCAUCCUAAACCAGUGAUACAUUUCAAUCGAACAUUAUAUUUACUUCUACGUGGAAAUAGUGCACAUAAUGAAUUCUACGAUCGUUUAUUAUCUAGUAUGCGUUUUCAUCAAUUCAUAUUAGAACGUGGUCCACCAUUUCGUGUAUGUGAUAUAUUUGAUGAAGUAUAUGAAUCAAAUGUCGAUGAUCAUUCACUGUUUGAUAGUAAUAAUAACUGGACACUGAAUAGCAGAGAUUAUGAAUAUGAUAUGUUCAGUAAUCAUAAUCCAUCACAAAUGAUCACUGGAAAUACAGCCAAUUUCAGUUUAAUAGAACGACUAAGCACAAAACUGUUCGAUAAUGAAUGCGGUGAUCAACCAGCUACACAGAUUCUUCCAAAUGAGGCUAUUGAAGCUCACAAACGCAUACAUCAAACACCAUUUCCUGUUUUAGACGCUAAAUUAAUCGAUGAACUAACUGUUCAGUAUUCUCAAAAGAAAACUAAGAAUGUUGUUUAUCAUAAACCGGAACCACGUUUUGUACCACAAGGACUACAAUUAGAUCGACAAAUAUUCAAAGCAGAAAUGUUUCCUGAUAAAUAUCGUGUAAUUCAUGAAUUUGUUGAUGAUAUUUUUAAUCAACAUAUUACUGAAGCUUUAAAAAGACGAAAUACAAUUCGUCAAGAUUUAAAGUCUAGACCAAUGAGACGCUUAUUCGUUGAUGAAUUACGUUCAUAUAUAAUUCCGGAAGCACCAGUAUCACCAACUGUAGCUAUCAAUAACUUCCUUGGUAAUAUGACAAUCAAUAGAAGUACAUAUGAGAGACGAGCUGUUUUGACAUGGGAACAAUUUGAAUUGAUUGUUGACCUAUUAGAUGAAGCAUUAAGACAAGAGACACAAUCAAAAGACAGUGGAAUUACACCAAUUAUUAUGGAUAUAAGUACUAGACUUUGUACAGAAUUAGGCGAUGUUCGUUAUUAUGCUAAUAUGAGUCAUCAAAUUCAACGUCAUGAAAUCUGGCGUAAUAUGCCAUUUUGGGAGAGUCUUUUUAAUGAACAAGUUAACAAUCAAAUUCGUUUGUUAUAUAUUGAUUUUUGUGAAGAGGAACGCAAAUCUCAUAAAUACCAACAAGGUAAUCAAUAUCAACAUUCGCACACAAUGAAUAUAUCCAAUGGACAUUCAUGGUCAUCAUCGUCGUCGUCACCAUCUGACAGUAGGACAAAACAAUCUAUUAAUUCGCCUGAGAGAAAUGAUAAAUCAUCUGUGAUAAUUGUUGGACGAAAGAAUAGUAAUAAUAAUAAUAUUAAUAAUAACAAUCAGAAAUCGAAUAUUACAAUUCAACAACAAAGUUAUACAUCAAAUAUGUCAGCAUUAGAAAUCGCUGCGGAAGAAAUGCGAAUUGGUCAUAUGCGUCCAAAAGAAAUACAACAAAUAUUAGAAACACGUGAAGAAAGUACUAUCUAUUCUCAAAUUAUACAUUUUGUUAAUUUAAUCAUUAAUUUUCGUAUACCAGUUCAUAUUGGUGCAGCGGUGGCUGAUAUAUACGGUGAAGAUACUCAGAAUAAUGAUGAAUUAAAAAAUGAUAUUACUGGUAUAAAUGGUAUGGUAUCGAAAAUACCUGACAGAAUAAUAUCCGAUAAUGAUAAUUAUAACAAUAAUAAAACAAAUAAUAAUACUAAUGAUCAUAAUUAUCGAAAACAAUAUACUGGCAGUACUAAUUCAUUAAAUGAUAUACCAGUAACUAAUCAAAUUAAUCAUGCUCUCAAAAUUAUUUCACAAACUGAAGGAUUUAUUAAAAAUACUAGUCGAUAUACUUCAGACAAUUAUUCUAAUCAUCUAUCAAUUUCAGAUGGAUUUUAUAAUCGUUAUAGUGCUCAGAAUUCUGACAAAUUAAAUCAAGCCACAUUGUUAAAUCAUAUCACUGUUUUAGAAAAUUGGUUAUUAAAAUUUGUGAAAAUUGUUGGCGAAGAAAACAAUCUUGUACGUGAACGAAUUACUGAAGUCGAAGGGAAAAUAAAAGCCAUCAUAGAAAGUCAUUUAAUCAAUUUACAAGAUAUUUACCCUAAGGUACAAAAUAUUCCACAUAUGAAAAAGCCUGAGAUUGCCAAUCCAGUCCUUCUACCUGGUGAAAUCGCUAUUCCAAUUGGUGGUUAUGAUUGUUUAUCAUGUCAAUUAUUGCCAGAUGGACGUUAUGAACGUAAUGAUUAUCAACUAUUGGAUCCAUUCAAUAGUAAUAUUAUUAAUCCUAACAUCAAUAAUGGAGGUCAUGGUAACGACAGUAACGACAAUAUCAAUACUAAACAAGAUUCACUUGGAAACUUGGAUGCAAGUGAUUUAGAUGUAGAUCUUAUGCUUAGACCAUUAUUACCUGCUCAAGGAGCGUUAUUUAUUACCAAUUAUCGUAUAAUAUUCACAGGUGUACCAAAAGAUCCAUUUCAGUCUAAUAAAGUGAUCAAUCGAAGUUUCCCUAUAUCUGCAUUAAAUACUAUCAAAAAGCUUGGCUGUGUUCAAAUGAUUACUGCUUUUCAAUCAUCAUCAACCAAUCCUAGUUCAUUAACAACAAUAACAUCUGGUUUCCGUUCAGCAACAUUAUUUGUUGGUAAAAAAUCUAAAUCAAACACAGUGUUUGGUAAAAAUACUUCAUCAAGAUAUCUAUCGACAGCAUUACGUCCAACGUAUUCAGCUACUACAAAUCGUCAUGGUGUGGUUUAUCGUACUGAAAAUCUGGAUGUUCUAUUACUACGUGCAUUAACUUUUCAAAUGCUUAAAAUUGGAUUUGAUGUUGGUGAAAUACAACCGGAAACGAGAGAUGAAUUACGUAGUCUGCUAGAAGAAUUGCGUUAUCCUUCAAUGAUGUGCAUGGGAUUUAACUCAGCCCCAUUAGGUUUGCUCUUCUCGCGAUCUACGAAUGCAGUGGGUAAUCGUUCUACACUUACAGAUCUAAAUAAUGAUACUAGUAGUAAUACAAAAGACUAUGUUUUACCAAAUAUGGUUCGUAUGAGGCAUUUGAAAGGUAAAACCCAUAGAAGCAAUAUGUUAACAGAUGCAAAUUAUUCUUCAAUGACGAAUGGGGAUCGCAGGCGUAACCAGCAAUUUGUUAACUCAGACAAUAAAACUCUGAUACAUCAAUCGUCUUUGCGUUCUCCUAAGAACCCUCGUUAUAGUCAACUGAAUUGUAUGCUACCUCCUGCUUUUCAAAAUACUAUUUCUCCUGAAGAAGCAGCCGCUAAUUUAGCUGCUGUGUUAAAAGCUUUUCUAGUACCUCCGUGUGUAUCUGCAUCAUCGACAGCUUCAACAGCUGUUGACCCAAAUUUUAUAAGACUAUUAACACAAUCUGCAGGCUAUUUGGACAUGGCACGUUUCGGAAGUAAUUUGAAUCCGGGAAGCACUACUGGUGCUACAGUAUUGGCUGCAAAAACUUCAGCAACACUGACGGUACCGUCAAAUAAUCUUCCGGCUGGACUGGAUGAAAACGGCAGUGGUUCUUUGAAUCGUUCUUCUGUCGGAGCUGGAAGUAGUACUGGUAGUCGAGGAUAUUGUGGUGCUCGUCUUGUUGCGUUCAAUGUUCAUCAUACUUUAGUGAAAUCUUAUCCAAGUUUUUUCAUCAUACCACAGGGUAUCACUCAGAAUUGUUUAGCUAAAGUAGCUCGUUCACAUAGACGUGGUCGUUUUCCAGUGGUCACAUGGCAACAUCCUGAAACUAAAGCUUAUCUAUUACGUGGGAGUGAAAUACAAUCAAAUGUAAUUUUGAAUACUUUCAAAAAUAUUAAAUCUUCAUCUAAAACCAACACUGGAGAUUAUGACGAUAAUGCUGAUUCUACACUUUCUCACGCGACAGUUUCUAAAGAACAUAUACGUUAUAUUCGUGCACUAAUCGAUAUGUCUUUAUCAGCUAUUAAUAGUAGUCGACCAAGUAGUGUUAUUACUUCAGAAACUGGUUAUUCAGCGACAGAUGAUUUGUCAAAUUCAUCUCAGCUACCUACUGUCGCUUCCCCUAAAAUUCCAUCAACAGAUCAUUUAUCAAAAGAGUUCAAACCAGUUAUCAAUAAACCUAGUCCGGUUGUUUCACAUGUGACUAAUAAUAGAACAAAAUCUUUAGGAAGAAUUGGAAAAUUUGCUGCGCGUCGUAAUCGUUUAACACGUUCUGGUGUUUCACCUAUGGGUAGUGUAGCAUCUGGAUUAGAUGAAGAUUUACUUAGUAUGGAUAGUGCAUCACAAACUAAUCAGCAUCAUGCACGUCAGUCAUUACAUGAGUCAAAUUAUCCUGGUAUUGUUUCCAAUGCUGGUAGUAGUAGUGGUAUAUCCAAUUCACAAAAACCAAUAUGUUUAUACGUUUUAUGUGAAAAACAAAUGACAAAGAUGUCGAAAAUAUUUAAUUCAUCAUCUGUUCUUUUAUCACCAAUUGACUAUCCAACUACAGCAACAGUGACUAAAUCUUUUAAAGGAUUUUUUAAAGCUUGCCUUCCAAAUGAUUCGAAUCGAUCGAAAACAGCUACAAAACUUUUAUCUGCAGCAGCGUCUACAGCUAAUGGUGUUUCAUUUGAUCAUGCUAAUACUACUAUUAAUAUUGGUAAUAAUAGUCAUCAUCAUCGUGGAAUUAAUUCAACACUAGGCGGUCAUUUCAUACAUCAUCAAAAUGAACCUUAUUCUUUUCAUGAUAAUACUAGUAAUAGUAAUGUUAAUGCAGGUGAAACUAUAGAGACGGAAAAUAUUACAACAUCUAAUAUACCAGAAUCAAAUAAUUCUAAAUAUAUGAAUGUUUUCACUGAAGCACAUGAGAAUGGCUGGUUUUUCCAAUUGAAAUCAUUAUUGGAAUUAGCUGGAACAGUGGUAGAUUUGUUAGAUUUACAGGGUGCUAGUGUAGCAUUGUGUUUAGAAAAUGGCAGUGAUGUUGUUGCACAGACUGUAUCAUUAGUACAAAUAAUGCUUGAUCCAUAUUAUCGUACAAUUUAUGGUUUUUGGAGUUUAAUUGAUAAAGAAUGGUUAAUAUUUGGUCAUACAUUUAAUUCUAAUUCAAAUCAAACAAUAUUAAAUAAAACUAAUCAUUUUUCACCAAUAUUUUUACAAUUUUUAGAUGCUGUACAUCAAUUAUUAAAACAAUUUCCAUUAUCAUUUGAAUUUAAUGAUUAUUAUAUACAAUUUAUUGCAUAUCAUUAUAUAUCAAAUCGUUUUCAUAAUUUUAAAUAUGAUACAGAAUUUGAAAGAUUUACUAUAUGGUUUCCUAAAUUAAUUGAUAGUUUAUUAAAUAAUUAUAAAUAUGGUACAAGUAUUAUAUCAAAUAUAGAUGAACAUUUAUUAGAAUUAUAUAAUUCACAUUCUAUAUGGCCAUUUAUACAACAACAACAUUAUGAAUGGCCUAUAUUUUUUAAUUUUCGUUAUUCACCUACACUUAGUGAAAAGGUUCUUAGACCAGCAACAUAUUUAGCUUCAUUUGAUUUAUGGAAAUUUUAUUUAACUGAAGAUUUGGCUUGUGGUUCAAUCUAUGAUUUAGAUCAUUUCUCACCUAGUUAUCGUAAAAAUACUAAUCGUCCAUAUGAACCGGUUUUACGACAGGGAUUUAACAACAGUCAUAUUGAGCAAACAUAUGCUGUUUUAGGAUUACGUGAAGGAGAAGAAGCUAUUGGUUGGCAAGAAGCAUGGGAACAAGCACAGUCUGAACUGCUUAACUUAUAUUCAUCACAUCCACAUAAACAUAUGACAAAACAUGAUAAAUCAACUGUAAAUAUUCAGUCAACUUCGAAUAUUCCACAAUCUGUUGUAGAUACUUCUUCUUCUGCCUCUACUACUACUAAUACUAUAAGUAGUAGUAAUACUGAUAGCAAAAUAAACACUCAUGUUAAAAUAGUUCAUCAUUCCAAUCAAUUACCAUCACGUUGUACACAAUAUAGAGAAAGCAGUGAACCAAUUGAAAGUUUAUCACAUCAUAAAUUAGUCACAUCUGAUUAUUCAGUGUCUAGACGACGUGCAGUAUCUAGUGGUUUAUUAGAUACUAAUCAAACGAAUAGUGUAUUGGUGUCAUCAUUAACCACUACAUCUUCAUCAACAACUUAUCCACUAACUAAUGAAUUAACUCAAACAUUAACACCACAAGGAGAAAGUAGUGCUAGUAUUGAUUUGGAUAGUACAUUUACAAAUUGCCCCGAAGUGAUUACUACCAGUUCAAUCCCAGUAUCUGAACAACAUUCAAAUGGAACAACUCAAUCACAUGUCAUUAUUAUAAAAGAUUCUACCAUGAAUGAUAAUGUUGAAAGUCAACUGAGUACUGACAUGAAUCCACCAUCUACAAAUAAUACAACUAUAACAGUACGAACGAUAAAAGAUUGUAAUCAUUCAAAAUCUAGAGAAAUAUUAAAAUCCAAUGAUGAUCGAACAAUAAAUGGAAUUGAAACAAAACAUCCACGUACCACUAACAGUACUACUGAUAAUAAUCUCAAUGCUUUAAAAACAAAUUAUAAUGGUAAUAAUAUACCGAAAUCUGAGCAAACUUCAGAAGAUGAAGCAUUUCAUGAAGAUAAUGAUUAUAUUUAUGGUGAUCGAUAUGAUUCAGUUGGUGAAUCCUCACUAGAUGAUUAUCAUUUUACACGUCAUGCUAUACUAGAAUAUCACCGAACAACUACUUUGAAGCGUUUAACUCGUCGUACUGCAUGUAGAAUCGGUAUCGGUGGUAAUAUUGGUGUUGAGAGUAAUGUAGGAUUAUCAUCAAAUGGUCAAAAUUACCAUCAAUUGGUGCCUGAUUACUCAUCAUUGGAUACUGAUUUAAGUACUGGAUAUCGAGAUCUGGCGAUUGAAUAUGAAUCAGAUAGUGUAAAUAGCCUUACUGGUACUGGGGGUGGUCUAGGCAGUACCAUGUUACAUGAUACAAUUAGAAUUGAUGGAUUCGAUAUCAACGCCCCUGUACAAGAUGAACUUCAACAUCAUCUGCAUAAAUUUACUUCAUCUCAAAUAACUAACAAUACAAAUGUACAAUGUGAAUUAUGCCAAACCAUAUGUCAAUCAUCAGAUAAUAUUGUUAAAUGUAUUAAAUGUAAUCUAUUAUGUCAUACAAAAUGUUCAUCAUCUAUAAAUUCAAAAUGUUUUCAUUCAUCUAUAACAAAUACUUUAAAUCAAAUAAAUAAAACAGGGAAUUUACUAAAACGACAUGGUUCUGCAUAUUUUCCAAAUGAAAUAGACAAUGAAAAAUUAAAACAAUCUAAUGAUAUAGAAAAAUCUUCUUUAACGUUUGGUGUAACUGGUGUUGGUGGUAAUUUAUUUAAUUCAACUUUACCAUGGCGUACUGAACGAGAUCAUACAUUCAGAUCAUCUUUAGUUUUAAUACAUGACAAACGUGGGAAACGUAAACUAAGUGAAAGUUCUUCAUCUUUGGCACAUACUAACACAUCUGAUUGUCAAUCACAAAGUGGUCAUAGUCUACCCGGUGGUGGUACUACUACUACUACUACUGUUGAACAUCAUCUACCGGAACAUUUAGCUUCAGCAUCAUAUUAUGGUUAUUUAUAUAAAUUAGGUCAUCGUAAAUUUUUACAACAAUGGAAACAACGUUUAUUCGCUUUAGAUACAAAUCGGCAUCAAUUGAAGUAUUAUGAAAGUUAUGCUAAUGCUUCACCUCGUGGUUGUAUUGAUUUACAAGAUGUUAGAACAGUGAGAAUUAUUAAAAAUUUUGCAAUUCAACGAAAAUCACCUGCAUUUGUUGUAUUUGAACUUGAGACCAAUAAUCGAACAUAUAAACUCGGUGCUAUCAAUCAAGAAAGUGCUAUGCAAUGGAUUGAACGUAUACAAAAAACUAUUCAAUAA